CCAAACAAGGUAUAGUUUUCCUUCCAACUCUCAGCUCUCGGAAAACACUUUUCCUCCUCAAACAUGCCGGGUCCCGGUCCGCACAUGAUGUACGCACUCGGGUCGGGUCAGGCGCUGAUGAGCAUAUCGAACGGGCGGUUCAGCCCGCAACACUGCAUCUUUUACGCCAUUAACGCCUUCUUCGGACCCGAUAUGGGUUCCUUCGCUGAGUGGCUCACUUCAACAAUUGGCUUGGGUCGAGCCGUGGGAUCAUCCGUCGAGCCUUGGAUCCAUGACCCGUUUUACUAUUGUCUCAUUCUGGGCUUCCCUUUGUCAGUUUUCUACGGUUGGGCAUCCAGAUUUUUCCUCCACAAGGGCAUUCUCGAUUCCUUUUCUGGGGUGCCCCUUACUAGGAGGCAGUGCUUCUUGUUGGUGGCUGCAGGAUCGUUUUCGCACUUUUUCCUGGACCACUUGUUUGAGGAAAAUGGACAUUCUUCCAUGUAUAUGUGGAUAUUGAGCACUGGAUGGUGGAAAAGCCGGGCGCCAAUUAAUCCUGAUGCCGUAUUCAUUAUAAGCAUUUUGUGUACCACCUUGAUCGGUGGCUUUAUUUACAUCAAUAAAGUAAAGCCCCAGAAGUCAUUGAGAAAACAGUCUCAGCAAUCCUUGACACUGCUCCUGAUAGUCGCAAGCUUGUACUGCCUCUGGUGCGUGAGCCAGAUUUACCUGAUUACUCCUCGUCGAGCAGCUGUUGGUGAAGAGGCUGAUCUUGGAGUUCUCGUUUUUCUUGGCAUUUAUUUUUUCUUCCCACAUUCGCUGUGCAUUUUGUCCAUGAACCCAAGGGAAUUUAUUGACUCGGCUGAACUGCUUCCUCUUUAGCAAGGAAUUCCUCCGUAUCAUUAAGAUCCUAAGACAAAUAUUUCAUCUUCUACUGUUUGAAAUGUUCUCGUGGAGCAGUCAACAGUUUGGUUCUCCAUUUUUGUACAAUUAUAUGCAUGUACAACGGCAAUCCCAGGAAGACUCACGCUGUCUUCAUUGAUGAUGGGAUUUGAUGCAGUAUGUGUACAAUAAGAAGAUCUUUCGCGACUAGGAGUAGCAGGUUAAAUCUUUCCGUAAACUCUCGUUGGAUUCCGUAACAGACGAGUCGAGGUACCCAAAUUAGUCAACGAAUUGCGAUUUUUAUUCAGCUCAUGUAAAUUACUGCACGAUUAAUACAUAGUGUUGUAUUAAGCUGCAAUGGACAAGAUUUUAAUUUUAAUAUUUUUUUUUUCUUUUUUAAUAUUGUUCAGUGUUGUUUAAUCUGUUUUGCGAACAUGUCAUGAUAGUAUUUGCUUAAGAAGCAAGGAGUGCUGAUGACUAAGGCUUCGUUUUCAAUUUCAA